CAGAGACCUUCAGCAAGGGAACACAACAGUCCUCAUCCAUUCAUUCAUCCAACAAAUAUAGCAGCAGGGCUGUCAGGAAACCAGGGGCCCAUAGAGCCAGCCUCCCCAGCCAGGGCCUCCUCUGUACCAAGCACUGUGCUGAGCAUUGUGUAGACCUUCUCUCAUUUAACCUGUACAACAGUCUAUGAUGUAAGGUGUGAGUUUUGUUUCAUUGUGUUUCACCAGCUAGCAUCUAAUUAAAUAAUCAUCUAUUGAGCACCUACUAUAUGCCAGCCCGCAAAGACAAAUCUGAGGAAACAGACUAUAGAGUCUGGGCAAGGUGUGGGUGAGCAUUAGAGUCCCCAGGUGUGCCCACCAUACCCCAGCCCAGCAGGUUUCUCAGAGGAGAGCCUCUGUCCAGCUUGUGCCUCCUCCUUGACAUGGAAGGGAAAGGAGAGCCCUGCAGGCCAGCCCAGGGGCUGGGCCUCUGUUGUUGGGUGCUCACUAGGUCAGGUUAUCACUGAGGACUGGGUGAGCAGAGAUGCUGAGCCCACCUGCCAUAACCCAUUCACUCAUUCUUUUCCAUUCUCCCAACAUUUUCUGAGCACCUACUAUGUGCUAGGCCCCGUUAUAGGUGCUGGGGAGACCAAGAUAAUUAAGAGCCAAGCCCACCCUCAGGAUGUUCCAGGAGGAGACCAUGUGCAGUAGUAGCUGCAGCCGCAGGUCACCCCUUAUCCCUGGAAGAAGAAGCAGUGUUUCAGAAACUCCGAGGGAUCCACCAGAAGCUGCCCAUGGACAAUCUGGUGUUAGAGGAUGAGAAGCACCAUGGGGUUCCGAGUACAACCUUACAAAAGGUUAAGGGCCAAGAGCGUGUACGCAAGACAUCCCUCGACCUCAGGAGGGAGAUCAUUGAUGUGGGCGGGAUCCAGAACCUCAUCAAGCUGCGGAAGAAACGCAAGCAGAAGAAGCGGGAAGCCCAGGCCGCCCUGCAGGAGCCACCUCCGGAGCCCGAGGAGAUCACUGGCCCUGUGGAUGGGGAGACAUUUCUGAAAGCAGCGGUGGAGGGGAACAUGAAGAUCAUUGAGAAGUUCCUGACAGACGGUGGCUCCCCUGACACAUGUGAUCAGUUCCGCCGGACAGCACUGCAUCGAGCUUCCCUAGAGGGCCACGUGGAGAUCCUGGAGAAGCUUCUGGAGAAGGGGGCUACUGUGGACUUCCAGGAUCGGCUGGACUGCACAGCCAUGCAUUGGGCCUGCCGUGGGGGCCACUUGGAGGCGGUGAAGCUCCUGCAAAGUCGAGGAGCAGACACCAACAUGAGGGAUAAGCUGCUGAGCACCCCCCUGCACGUGGCAGUCCGAACAGGGCAUGUGGAGAUUGUGGAGCACUUUCUAUCCCUGGGCCUGGAAAUCAAUGCAAAAGACAGAGAAGGAGACAGUGCCCUGCAUGAUGCCGUCAGGCUCAACCGCUACAAAAUCAUCAAACUGCUGCUCCUGCAUGGAGCCGACAUGAUGACCAAGAAUCUGGCAGGAAAGACCCCUACGGACCUGGUGCAGCUGUGGCAAGCUGAUACUCGCCAUGCUCUGGAGCAUCCCGAGCCAGGGGCAGAGCAAAAUGGGCUGGAGGGGCCUACUGAGAGUGGGCAGGAGACCCCCCAGCUCGUGCCAGCCCAGUAAACACCUGCCCCAGGCCAGCAGGCACCCUUCCUGUCCCUGAGUGCAGCCAGAGGGUCAUAAGAAUGGAUGCCAGAGCUGAACACCCACCCUUCCUCUGCGUAUGACCUGGGAGCACCCACCAGCUUCCAAAAUAAAAAAGUUGUUUUUACUA